CUGUCUUAAGGCGAAAAUGGAGCAUGUUGCGUAAUGGGACGGCUACGAGCUGGUUGUGUUCCUUAGGCCAUGUACUACGUCGCUGGUUCAAAGAAAUAUGUGUCAGAAGUUCGAACCCCUAUAUGCAUGUUGCUAUGUAUAGAAUCGGUUGUGGGACCCCUCUGCUCACGUCCCUGAUGCAUGCAUUCUCUUCUCUCUCGCAGUUUUGCUACCAGGUCCCACAUUUGCAGAAAAGAGGCGAACCAAAUUAUUGAUCCGCUUUUUUGUGUCGGACUUAUGAGUCGAUUCUCUACUAUGUAUUGAAUCGGUUCAAAUGUAGGAGAGAGAGGGUUAGGAGCCGCUUUUGACACACAUAGUGCAUGGUCUUAGACACCCCACACGGAAGAGCACAAUCACAAGAACAUAAGGACAAAUGGUAUGAGAGAAAUCUAAGAGGUCUUUAUUAUAGUGUUGUCUUGUGUUGCCAUCUAUUUAUUGCCUUUACAUAAAGGGGAGUGUUGGGCGUCCCCCGGGGGAUUAGAAAUCCCUAACCGUCCGAUCAAUAGAUCUGAAACGUUUUUGGCCGUCAGAUCAAACCAAUCAGCCCUCUCUCCCACUUUUGCUACCAUGAUGCACCAAAGUAGCAAAAAACGGUUCAAUUGUAGCAAACUCUAUUUUCACCUAAAACACACAGACCUCGCCGGAGUCUCGCCGGAGUCUCGCCGGAGACUUGCCGGAGAUGUCGCCGAAGACCCACCAGAAACCUCACCGGAGACUUAGUAGCAAAAAAUAUAUGUUAUAGUAGCAAAAACACACAAAGAUUGUAGCAACCUUUUUUUUGCUAUUGUAGCAAAACCAACCUCGUCGGAGACUCGCCGGAGACCCCGCCGUGUAGCAGAAAAAUAUACUAUUGUAGCAAACACCUAUAACAAAUAUAGCAAAACCUAAUUUCAAUGGAUUCUCGCCGGAGAGAUUGUACCAAUAAAAUAGAAUAUUGUAGCGAAACCACAAAACCAAAGUAGAAAUUAAAAUAUUAGUAUGUAGCAAAGACCUACUCGUGGAAAUGAAAUCCACAAAAGCGAUGCUGCAAAAAAGUUUGUAGCAAACAAGCAUAACCGCUGAACAAUUGUAGCGAAAAAAUAAAAAUCCUAUGGCGAGGGGAGAGGUUCCCGUUGACCGGCGAUGAGGGCAGGGCGUGGGGAGCUCCCUUCAAACAGCGUGCUGGGCACACGCCGGGGGGUAGCGGGAUCCUGCACCGGAGAUCGAGUGGGCAUCGCCUCCUGGUCCGGUGGCGGCGAGGAUCUGCCCGACGGCGGCGAACUACAGGGGACCGCACACGAACAUGGUCUUCUGCAGGAAGAGAGACGGCUGGUGCUGCCGGCGCGUGGAUCCCGGGGACGCGGCAGAGAUGUGCAUCCAGGGCUGGUGGUGGAGGAGGGGUUGCGGGGUUCGCCGAUGGUGCCACAGUUGAGGUCCGUUGAGCGGAGGCGGAGUAUCUGUGGCGCUACCGGUGGGCGGCAGCGUGGUGAAGAUGCGCAUCUGGGGGUGGUGAUGGAGGAGGGAUUCGGGGGGCGCCGCCGGUGCCGGCAGUGGAGACGCACGGCGAGGAGGUGGGGCAUCAGAGGGUGUGGUGCGGAGUUGCUAUCCAUGGCGUCGUGGGGAUUUGGGGAUAACAAAGUGCGAAGAGAGAGGAAGAGAUAAGGUGGCCCACUGCCACGCGUCGCGCGCUAGAGGAGGAGGAUGGAGCGUCCGUUCCCCCGGGGGAACGUGAGCGUUUCCCUUACUUAAAUGACAUUUUAGGUAUAUAACCAACACAAGGCUAUUUUAUAAACUUGGCUUUCAAGGAAGCUAGUAGGGUUCCUUGACCGCCAAGGAAAAUAAUCUUGUGUUUCAUAAAAAAAAUGGUGUUUCUGAGUUUUGUAAAAUGGAGCUCCUGGUGAGCUGAGGAUCUGUAACAAUUAUGGCGGUGACAAAAUCUUAAGGCGAAUCGAACGGAGCACGUUGCGUGGUCGCCUAUCGGACGGCUAUGGGCUGGCUGUGAUCCGUCCAACGCCGUCGCAACUCGCAAGACUAGCCGUUGCCCCCUCCCUUUCCUCUUCUGACUACAAAUACAACUCACGGUCAAAUCCCUAAAUCUCACAAGUCACAGAGCAAUCCGUGUCUUUGCUUCUCUCCUGCCUUCCCGCCGCCUCCCCUUGCCGAUCCGGGGGGAGACACAGCUUUCUCGUUCUCGAGCUCGGAAGAUCCUCGCGUUUCCUCGCUGAUCCGGGCUGUUCAAUCGCACCAUCUUGUUCUUGUGUUAUUUUCUGUUCGAUUGAUCUGUUAAUUCCGCGCCGUCUUUCCUGUUGCUACUACUGUUUCUUGAUUUGUUAUUCUUGCGAAUUUGUUCUGUUCUGUUUCGUCUAACCAUGGACGCAGGCUCCCACUUGAUCUCGUCGGAGAAGACCCGCGCCGCCGCCGUGCAGCGGCAGCCGCUCCAGGAGGCCGGCUUCCGCCCCUACAUGCCAUCGCUCAGCACCGCCCCGCGCAACCCGUCGGCCAAGUGCUACGGAGACAGGUUCAUCCCUGACCGGUCAGCGAUGGACAUGGACAUGGCGCACUACCUGCUCACGGAGCCCAGGAAGAAUCAGGAGAACACGGAGGUGGUGUCCCCGUCCAAGGAGGCGUACCGGAGGCUUCUCAGGGAGAAGCUGCUCAACAACCGGACGCGGAUCCUCGCCUUCAGGAACAAGCCGCCGGAGCCCGAGAACGUCUCGGCUGCCGACGCGGUUUCUUCUCACCAGGCCAAGCCGGCCAAGCAGAGGCGGUACAUACCCCAGUCUGCCGAGAGGACUCUGGAUGCACCGGACCUCGUCGACGACUACUACCUCAACCUGAUGGACUGGGGGAGCAGCAACUUGUUGUCCAUUGCGCUGGGCGACACCAUGUACCUGUGGGAUGCCUCCAAUGGAUCCACAUCUCAGCUUGUGACAGUUGACGAGGACAGCGGCCCCAUCACCAGCGUCAGCUGGGCUCCUGAUGGCCGCCACCUCGCCAUUGGGCUCAACUCGUCUGACAUCCAGCUCUGGGACACCAGCUCCAGCCGACUGUUGAGAACUCUCAAGGGUGUGCAUGAAUCGAGGGUCGGUUCGCUGGCAUGGAACAACAACAUUCUGACCACCGGCGUCAUGGAUGGUAGGAUUGUGAACAAUGAUGUGCGGAUCAGGGACCAUGCCGUGCAGACGUACCAUGGGCACAGCCAGGAGGUGUGCGGGCUCAAGUGGUCUGGGUCUGGCCAGCAGCUGGCCAGUGGGGGUAAUGACAACCUUCUACACAUCUGGGAUGUGUCGAUGGCAUCGUCUAUGCCAUCUGCGGGCCGCAACCAGUGGCUGCACAGGCUUGAGGACCACACGGCCGCUGUGAAGGCGCUCGCAUGGUGCCCAUUCCAGAGCAACCUGCUGGCAAGUGGCGGUGGUGGUAGUGAUCGGUGCAUCAAGUUCUGGAACACACACACAGGUGCUUGCCUCAACUCUGUGGAUACCGGAUCACAGGUGUGCUCUCUUCUAUGGAACAAGAACGAGAGAGAGCUGCUGAGUUCGCAUGGAUUCACAAAGAACCAACUGAUAUUGUGGAAGUACCCUUCGAUGGUCAAGAUGGCUGAACUCACUGGACAUACCUCACGUGUCCUUUUCAUGGCUCAGAGCCCUGAUGGUUGCACGGUAGCAUCAGCAGCUGCGGAUGAGACCCUCCGCUUCUGGAAAGUGUUCGGCACUCCUGAAGUAGCAAAGCCCGCACCCAAGGCUUCCCACACUGGGAUGUUCAACAGCUUCAACCAUAUCAGAUGACAGU